AUGAGUGAUGCUCGCAGGAUACCAACGGAUCCUGACGGGCAGAAUGAACCUUGUGAUACGUUUGUCGAUCGCAAAUUUCAACCUGAUCAAUCUUGUGACGAGAUUGCAGUGCCGAUAACUGAGAAGACAGAUGAGGACGAACAAUAUGCUGAACCAGAAAAUGGCACUGAGGACAUUUCUUCAGCAGGAAAAAGGGCCAGUCAGUGGUCCUAUGGCACCGAAAAUUCGAUUUUAUCCUCGCACCUAAGUCUGCAAGCACUUAACGCGUUGAACGAUAGAAAGACUCAAGAAGAAGAUCGAAUUCACAAUCGUGAAGAAAUACUGCUUUACGAAACCGGGCAGUCAGAUGAAAAUGCGGCUGGAACAAGCGACGAUGUUUUCCGCGAGUAUGAUGCAAGUUUCAGCAGUCCGCUUUUAAAUGGGCAUAUAGUGGAUAAUGAUGCAAAUAUCAAAACAGAAAAACCACAGGAAACUAAUUCAGAAAGGAAAAACAAUUGUUCGAAUAAACGCAAGAGAUUAUUGUCAUUUCUUAAGAGGAAACCUCGAGCCCAAACAUCACCCGAAGAUUUCACCCCAUCAUCCAACGGCGACGUUAUCAUUAAGAUUGAAACACCAGAAAACUGUUCAGGCCGACAUCGAUCCAGGCAGAAACCUUGUAUAAAUACCCUAUUGCGAAGAUGGCUUCAGCCUAUGGACAACAAAUUAAAUAUAAAAGUGUUUGGAAGUCGAAAAGCAAUGGACGAAGAACUUUUACGUUACAAAAAAGCAGGAUGGAUAAUUCACCCGACAAGUGCCUUCAGGUUAGAAAUUGACAUUAUUUUUUUAUUACUGCCCAAAAAAAGAUAAGAAAAAAUGCUGUUAUUUUCGACACAACGCUUUCCUUUACUUCGCUUUGAUUCCGAAUUUAAUUUUUUCAUUAUUUCAAGACGAAAAUAGCAGUUAUUUCUAAGGAAAUCAUUUGUUUUAAAUAUUAAUCAAGGAAGUCUCGAUCAAUAGUCAUGUUAAUUUUUUUAGAUAUGUUUAAAUAUAAAAUACGACAGAGCAUUUUUUUUUGUUGCAUCACCGCAAAUCCCAUUUCAUAAGUAGACGACAAGUUAAAUUUUACGGGCGGUGAAAUGUAGUUGCAAUCGAUUCGCCGUGGUUUUCGUUUAUUCAUUUAGGUGAUUUCCGCAGUUUAAUCUUAAAUUUUAAUGAACUCUUUCAGGACAAUCUAAAGUCGCUAUUAAGCAGUUGCACCUCUGCCAAAAAAUUGUCAUUAAUCAUUAACGUACGAGACAACAAAUCACCGUAUUUUCGCCAUUUGUACUCAUUCCUGGACUCCAAAUUUAGACGGCAAAUUUUUGACAUUACUUCCAAAAAUGUUUGUUUUACUCUUGGAAGGAUAACCAAGUACAGGGUAAUGAACCAAAAAAUAAUAAUCAUUCCAGAAAAGAAACUUUAAAUUUCCGACCAGGAAAAGUGUUUUUAAAUCCAUGAGCGAUUUCUUGACCCCCAGCUGUGUACUAUGCGUUAUGCAAAUUUUUAAUUAUCACUGAAAAUCCUUUGGAAACAAUUUCGUGCACCUGUUAUCUUUGACGCUUACCAAAGUCACUUAUCUGCAGAUGGGUUGUUUUAGCUUUUACUUAUUUUUUUUUCUUUAAAACCGAUGGUGGUAGAAAUCCCUGGGAUUAAGUUUCUAAGCUGUUAUAUUUUCGAUAAAAAUCAGUUCGUCUUUCAUCUCAUUUCACAGCAGCACAAUAAAAAAAUUAUUUAAUCUUGAACUCUAUAGCUCUCGAUUAUGUCCUUCAUAAGUGUCUGAACGUACUAUGCAAAUUGAUAACAAUGACUAUACUAAGAAAUAAAAAAAUAACUUGAAGUACGUCCCGGGUUAUUUUAUCCCCCCGAAUAGCUAUCCGUAUAAUUGAUUUAACACACUUUUCUUGACUUUGGAAGUGUGAAGUGGUAGAAGUGGUGCCCUUUUUUUUGCGGGAAAAGGUGACUGCUAAAACGACUGCUGGUGAUUUUUGAUCUAAAAGCAAAAUAUUUCUGUGAUUAUAAUCCUUUUCAACUAACUAAAUUGAGAAAGAAAAAAUGCAGCUCAGUUGAUUUGUCUUAUAGACGGUUAUCCUACGAGUCAGAAUCUCUAUAAGAGCCGGCUGACAAUAACUAGGAAAAUCUCUCAGAGAAUAUUAUUCGAGUGUCAUAUUUUUUAUCAUUUUAUUUUUUAUUUAGUGUUUAUUUAUUAUUAUUAUUAUUAUUAUCAUUAUUAUUAUUUAUCUGUAUUUGUUUAUUUUAUUCGUUUUUGCUGACAUGAUUUAGAGAAAAACUAAACUAUUAACAGUGAUCACCACUGCUUGUACCAACGACCUUUCAAAUGAAUGGAUGAAUUUUCUCCCAAUCAGGUUUAGCUAUAUGCUUCUCGAUAAUGAAGAGGGUUUCUCCAGCAAAAAAUCUUUUGUGUGUUUGAAUUAACAGGAAUUUGCGGAAAAGGCACCUUUGACUAGCCAACUACUAAGUCAGCUCGGCAAAAAAGCGAGAGAAACAUUCCAUUACUUACUUCACAGGAACUUUUUUUUAUUCUAGGCUCUACUGGGAUCUGAUGAUUCUCUCCUUGUUGAUCGUGAACAUGUUUGUAUUACCAGUAGCCAUUGCCUUCUUUAACGACGACCUGAGCCCUUCGUGGAUCGGCUUUAAUGGCGUGUCUGAUGGAGCGUUCCUCCUGGAUAUUUUACUGAACUUUAGAACAGGAGUCAUUGUUCUCGGCACACCAAACAAGUUUAUUCUGGAUCCUAAGCAAAUUGCCGUACGGUGAGUGAAAAUGUCAUAUUAAUAAUUUAAAAGACUAUUAUUGUCCUUGCAAAAGUUUCAUAGACCACUGCAAGGGCAGAUACAUGGUGUGGUCUGUGUAUUAGACGAAAGAUCUAGUUUUCAGUGCAGGAUUUAGCAUCUAUAAUGCUGUCGAGCCCCCUUAUAUGGCUCCACCCUGUUGAAAGCACCUACCCAACACAACAAAAUCAGUGCUCACCUGUCAACGCCGGCACUACGAGACACUGAGCACCUCUCGCUGGCAACUUACGAAUUUAAAUAUUCCUGAUGACAGGAUUCAAGAACUCUAUUAGGGCCUUCUAAAAAUAAGGUCCCAUAACCCCAAGUUAGUAACUCCCGUUAGGCCCAUGUCACGGCACUUACACAGAUCAGUUUAUUUUUAGAUAUAUUUUAGCCUGCGUAGCAAGCGUUUCCGUUUGGUUUCGGAACAAAGAAAGACCGAGGAACGGGAUUUUCGGUUUUGGCCGGUCAAGAAUUGUUCCUUCCCUUUCUUCCCCACCCCCUCCCCGCUCUUUUACUCUUGCCAUUUUUCGGGCGGCAUUUGACUCUCGUUUCUUGUUCUUUGCUCCGAAAAUACAGGGAAACGCUUGUUACGCAGGCUAGAUAUAUUUUACAGCACUUCUUCCCGCGCAAAAGAAAGCUCUGCUCCGUCUAUUAGGGCAUUCCAAAUGUAAGAUGUAAAAACAGAAAAGGUCCAUUAAAAGGUCAACAAUACCUUUUUUAGGUUUGUAGAUUUUACUGAUUGGUUUGUGAGACUUGGAAUGUAUUCUAACUUGAACUGGUCAAUGGAAACGCCGUGAAACGAGUACAUGAAAGUUGCUGCUAGCUUCGGCUUAUGGGCUCCUGUGGAAAGACGCCGUAAAAUUGAAAACCAGUAACUCGAUGAAAUUAUAAUUGAAACUUAAAAAAGAAAAAAAAAAUGAAAAUUAAAUCGACGGUUAUACUAAAAGAAAGAGAUUAGUAACGUACUACUCGCAGCUCUUCACUGAUCUGUCAAUAUCCACCAGGCCCCUCUUUAGUUUCCUUAUCAUGUUCGUAUUAAUUCAAGUUUUGCGGGUUACCAUUUUGCCUUUUCUUAUGUAUCGUCGAAUUAAAAAGAGAAUAUGCAAUGAAUAACCCACCAAUGUACAUUUAGUCAAAUCUAUUAACAAUUUGCCCCCUAACAGAAGACAAUUAUGAAAAUUGAUAAAAAACCCAAAUUCCAUUGGGUAAAAUACAGGGAAAACCAAUAUUAUCAUAUCUCUAAAGAGACUUCAUUAAAUGGUCAAACCAAAAGAAUUCAUCCACACAGCCUUAAAGGUUAGUUUGGAGGACUUAAACUGAUGGAAAAUAUAUCUCCAAGAGGAAGCUCGUGACAAUGAGAAAGAGAAAGAGAAAGAGUCUGGCAUGAACUGAGCGAGAAUCGUUAGAAAAUUACUCAUCUUUAGUGAUAUUGUACAGUUGUUGUACCAUGCUUUCCAUUUAAUAUUGGAAAGAUGCAACCCUUGCAUUACUUGGCAUAAUAUUCAUCAGUUUAUUCUUUUCUUGAAAAAAAUGUCCCGGAUGUUGUUUUUGCUGAAUGUUCGGAUAUAGAUUGCCACCAAAGUUGCAUGAAAAACUGCCAUUAUGUAAAAUAUGUCACAAGCUGUCGAGGCGAUUUACUUUUUGGCCUUCUUAGGGUAUAGGCCCCACUUAGACAAUUCGAAAACGCUUUUUUAAGGCGAAAAACGGGAAAAUGGCUCGCGGCUGUAAUGGUAGCCGGCGAUUCCUCUGCCAGAGACGGCGGAGCAGGGGUUAAGGUUGUUAGACCGAUUCUCGUAUGACCUUGAAAUGAAAACGCGCGAGCAAAACAGAAACAACAAACAAACGGUAAUGGAGCGAUUUGAUUGGUUUGUCGAACAGUUACAAACGUGCGCGGUUUUUGGUUAGUUAAGCGAACGCUCGGGUGAAAAAACUUCAUGCUCGAGAAACCUUCUAGAAAUCAACCGAUACUUCGCUUUGACAUCAUACUGCAACACGAUUGACCAAUCGAACAACGCCUUCUCCAUAUUAGGGUUUUCUUUGGCGGGAAAACGAAGAGGCCAUGUUUUGAUCUUUUCAUCUAUUGGGUGAUAAAACAAAUAACGAACACUUACCGAAACGAUUUUUCAAGGUCAUACAACGAAAAUCGCUCUUCCAAAAUUCGACAGGUGCCGUGUGAACGCUUCCCAAUAAAAAUAAUCAAAUUUAUCAUUUGACAAUGUCGUUGAUAAAUUAAUAACUUGUACAAUCACUUUUAGCUCAGUAAUUCAUAUUCGUUUAUUUCAGAUAUGCAAAGACCUGGUUUUUAGUAGAUCUCAUAUCAUCCUUCCCGUUUGAUUACGUCGUGUCGUCGGCCACAAGUUCGGGUUCUGGAAGAUUAUUCGGCGCUUCAAGAGCGCUACGUAUACUGCGCAUGGCUAAACUACUAAGUCUACUUCGCUUGUUACGAAUUUCGCGUCUGGUGCGUUAUGUUCAUCAGUACGAAGAGGUAUGUGUAAGCUCUAUUAAACGCUAGUGUUACAUCAAAUCGAAUCUACUUAAUGAAUAGACUGAUUGCCCUUAAGGGUGGCACAGUUGGUUAGUGGGUAGCUUCCCACGCAGGCGUUUUUAGGGGAGCUCGUAUUUCGUCCCUUCCCACAAACGCCUGCUCAACCGAGGACAACAUUCUUUUCCCACGCUUCGCCAAUCACGUUGUACUUUCCAAAUUCUACAAAAUUGACCUUGACCGCAGGGUAACCCGAUAAUUACGCGAUCUGCGGGAAACUUCGAGAAACCGUCAUGAUCUCUAAUAAAUGUUAGACUCAGAGCCGCAAAAGUGAGAUUUACUCAGUCAGAUUUUAGAAUUCUCCGUGCGAAGGAAGGAAAAGAAGGAAAGAGGUAACUCUAGGGUCACGUUCUGGGUCACGUUUUUACACUACCACGAGUCUAUGAGUCGUGUACAUGUUUAGCCUGUCAACACUUUAUUUCAAAACUGUUGAUUGGUUACUUACCACGCGAAUAUAACAAUGGGAAUGGAAUGUUGUCCUCGGUUGAGCCGGCGUUUGUGGGGAGGGAAGAAAUACGAGCUCCUUUCGGUGCACGUGCAAGGUCCUGAGUUCAAUCCCCGGCGACAUCACAUCCUUGUUCUAACUUCUCUCCUUUCUGUGUAACUUUGAAACGCUUUAAACACCCUUAAAAGGGAGCAUUGAUGUAGAGAGGCAGGGGCGGACGGAGGAUUCUGUGAUGGAGGGGGCCUAGAGACAUAGUAUGUAGUAUACAGUGGCAAUAUGGGCGUGAUAGCGACCGUAAGGACUACGAACGGCGCAUUUUACUAGGGAGUUUCGGGCGCAUGCUCCUCCAGGAAAAUUUUGGGAUCGAAGUUCUCUGAGAUGCAAUUUAGUGCAUUCUGGACGCUGAAAUUUAGCAAAUUCCUGGAUUCCAUAUUGAACAUGUAAUGCUGAAAUCCACAGGUGUGGUUGUGGUCAAAGAAGUAAUUAACACUUUAUGAUGCUAGCAGGGGCCAAAGCGAUUGCGGCGAGAGCACAACCUUCCGGGAAAGGUGACAACAUUGUCUCUCUGAAAAAUUGUCAAAUCCAGUUUGUUUGAGACGGAUAUUUACUGUAUGCAUUUUGGGAGCUUUGGUCAUUUGCGACUAAGAAUGCAGGCUUCGAACACGAUUCUUUUCUUAUUAAAAAUGUUUAUUGAAGAAAAUAUAUCGUAGUAACAAAGCUCGAAGUACCAUCCCACACACGUUUACAAAAGAAAAAAAUUCCUAGGACAAAAGGGGGGGAGGUCCGGGGCCCCCAGGGCCCACCCCUAAAUCCGCCCUUCAGAGAGGGGGGCAAAAUGAGCGCACCGUCGACCUCAAGUUUAUUGCUUCAAUUAUUAUCCCGAGUUAUCGACGUAAAAUGUAGUUGCUCUACCUUUACCUAUACCUUUAAACGCAAGCAAACCAAAAACGGAAACACAAGGUAAGGAGGUUAAUAAAGCCUUUGCACGACACAGUUACCUUAAAAUCUCUGCAAAAGACAUGAGACCCACACCUUAGAGUUCUACUAAGUGGGAAAUUGUGCUUAAGAACCUUCGCAAGACACAGCUGUCCUAUAUUGGCCGAGGAGCACCCUUCCCCACCUCCUCACUUUAGCAUCUUAUAAAAGGGUCGACGAGUACAAGGUUAAUAACGAUCGGUUAGGGCCUGUUUACAUGAUGGUGAGGGACCCCGGGUAGGUGAGGUAACAUGUGGCAGGUUACCUCACUUAACAUGUAAACGUGCAUGAUCAAAUUAAAAUGAGAGCUUAUAUGGACAGGCGGGUUACCCCUCCCAAACAAGUCACCUCACCUACCUGGCGUCCCCCACCUCCAUGUACACAGGCCCUUAGUAACCCUUUUGUGAUGUCAGUAUAAAACGCGCGUAGGAUUUUUCAGCUGACUAACUUUAGUCGCACCCGCAGCGACACCUGCAAAUUAAACCUAGCGUCAAUCCCUGCAAUGUCGUUGCAUAGUGAGCCGUGUACUACCGGUUGUAUUUUACACUGGCAAAUGAGUGUUGUGGGUUGCCAUGGCGUGACAAGAGAGUCUUAAAUAUGACGCAUCAUAAAAACAAUGGAAACAAACAAAUAAACAAAUUUAGGUUAUUGUGACGGCCAUAGAAGAAGGCGCCACUAAAAGCGCUGCUUAGACCGUUUUGUGCUUCCCUUCCAUGUACACUUGCAUAUCAGUUUGGGUCAUGAUCAAGCUGACCCUACUUUGCAUUGAUUAGUUUUGCGGAUUAUUUCUACAUGUUCACAGGUUCUGAACGUAACGCGCUCUGUCAUACGGUUUAUAAACUUGAUUAGCUUGAUGUUGUUGGUGGCGCACUGGAAUGGGUGCAUGCAAUAUCUCGUACCAGUUCUCAACGACUUUCCAGAUGACUCUUGGGUAACAAUUCACGGAUUACGGGUAAGUUUGGUGCCCGCUGUCUUAUAAUGGGCCUUUUCCGAGUUGCCUUAAGCCUCUGUUUCAAAGCGAGGCUCAGUGCUAAGCCAUUGAAAUGAACACUAAGCUCUCGAAAAGAGUUGUUCUAUUGGGUACCGAAAAAAAUAGAUAAACGACCCAAACAAUUUUCCCAGCCCUAGGAGAACAAGGCAUAAUAAAAAAUAACAAAGGACCUAAUAUAGAUCCCUAGGGAACCCCACAGGAAAUAAGUUUCACAGCAGAUGCCACUUCAAAGGCCAUUAAAAAUUAUAGAGUUUUCUGAGAGCUUCGUUGCUCCAGUUUGUAAUGGUAUGUGUUUUAAAAUCUUUGCGUUACGCCGACUUAAUGUCACAAAGGAUUCACUAUUUCUGCGUUUCUUGUUUUCCUGGCUAAUGUACCCUGUGGUGGCUUCUCCUAAAAUGUAUUGCAAUUGCGUUGGGUAUAAGCAAAUAGAGCUGGGUAACUCCUUCUAAAAAGGUUCAGCAGUUACGGUGCAAAUUAAAGUACAAAACUGACAAGCUAUUAAUGAAAAUUUAUGAUCCAUCAAUGUGUCAAAAUAACAGAAGAUAAAUAAAACCAACAGAAUUGGAAUGGUAGUGUAUACGUAGCUCUCAUAAGUUAUUUAAUAGCUUCAGUUUAUCUGACUGCAAGAGCUCAGUCAUUUAGCGCAUAAAAAUGUGUUGCUGUUGUCUAAUUUUAGGACAAGUCGUGGACGGAGAAGUACUUAUGGGCGCUUUUCAAGGCAUUGUCUCACAUGCUAUGCAUUGGUUAUGGAAGGUAUCCGCCUCAAAAUAUCCCAGAGACGUGCAUUACGAUAUCAAGCAUGAUGACUGGUGCUACAUUUUACGCUCUGUUCAUCGCCUACUCCAUCAACGUUAUACAGACGAUGGAUUCGCCUGGCCGGAACUACAAGGAGAAGGUAAGGGCCGUAUUCACUGCUCAUCAUCAUCAUCAUCAUUAUCACGAUCACUAUCACCACCACCUGUACCACCACCACCACCAUCAUCACCAUCAUCCUCAUUGUCAUUGUCAUCGUUAUCGUCAUUGUUUUACUUACCAUAGUAAGUCAACCACGGCUUUUUGGAUUCUUUUUAUGAAAUAUCACUUGGUAAGUUUUCCAUCGCACUGACGACACAGCCUCGCGCGUUGUUGUUGCUGUUGUUGUUUUCUUUUGUUUGUAUGUUUUUUAACUGCAUUUUUCACGUUAAGCUCGCACAUGCUCAGAGACUAUCUCUAUUUUAAUUAAUUACCGGCGAUCAAAAAAUUACAAUGGAACCUCGAUAUAACGAAGGGUCAAGGGACUGGCAACAUUUGCUCGAUAUAACGAGGUUCUUUUUCAUAUGUUUUACUACUAGUGGGGUAAAGAAAAUCGUUCGUUAUAACGAGAACUUCGUUAUACAGAGGUUCAUUAUAUCGACGUUUCACUUUAUUGUAGCAUUAACUGUUUUAUGUGCUAUUUUUCAACUAAACUUGCAAUGCGAACCAUGUAUACACUCUGAUACUUUUCAAGUAAAAGUGAAUUUGUUUUUAUCCAAUCCAUAAAUCGUUUACUGCGACAAACCAGCCCACCUGCUGCUCACUUGUUCCCGAUAUCCCUUUUUGAAAUAUACAUGUGUUACUUACAAGAAUCUAUCUAUCAAUUGGCCACCAGCUCAAACAAAUUGAAGAAUACAUGUCUCAUAGACGGCUGCCUGUCUCCCUCCGAGAUAAAAUUACGAAGUACUACGAGCACCGCUUUCAAGGAAAACUAUUUGAUGAGGAGAGGAUACUCGCAGAAGUGUCUCGACCAUUGCGAAAAGUAAGCAUAAUCAUGAAAGCUAGAAAAUUUCCACUCAAAAAUCUACCAAUGUCGCUAUUGGGCGUGUUGAGACUUGAAGUGAUAGUUAAGUAGGGUCGAGUGAAGGACGGGGAAGGGGGCUGGGGGAAGGGACUUGGAGAUAAACACCGCGGUGAAAGCUAAUUCUUUGGAAUUGCUAUACUAGGGGGUAUAAAAAGGAUACUUUGCUAAGAUAAGAUAAGAUAGGAUAACUUUAUUAUAUCAGUUCAGGAUAUCUCCAAUGAUAAAAACUAUUUACAAAAUUCAGUGGCGGACCCAGACUUUCAGGGAAGGGGGUGGUGGUGGUGGUGGUGGAGGGGGGGGGAGGGGGGUAUGGGCAGUCAUUCAGACCCUGAGAAAAGUGGGGGGCGGCUUCCCCAAAACUUUAGUUGACCCUUCGGGCCUCAGUUUGUUCUAAUAAUAAGGAGAGGGCCCGGGCUCCCCGGGCCCCUCUCCUGGAUCCGCCACUGAAAUUAUUUAUAAUCACGUAAAAUUAAGAGAAUUUUAAAAAUAUUGUAAAAAGGCUAAGACUAGGGUAUAUAUGUGCAGUAUAUAUAUACAAAAAAGAAAAACAUAAUAAAAUUUAAAACAAGACAUUUCCCGCAUUACAAUAACGCGAUUAACUAACAAAUAAUUCACAUGUUCACUUUUGUCGCUAAUAAUAUAUGUUAAAUACAUUCUAGCUCCCGUCUUUUUUUGCAAAAUAUCAUGGACAGGUGCUUGGAAAUAGCCACCGUUUUGAUUUUAUUGUAAGCGUAUGAUGAUAUUCCGUCCAAAGCUUGUUUUUGAACAGGUCUCCUGUCAGUUUGCGACGGUCGGCUAAAUUUCUAACCUUAGGGGCACACCUGUCAAAGCUUGUCCGUCAACCAAAAAGGUUUUCAAAACCUCGGCGGUAGUUUUGAGACUAAUAGUAACUUUGAACAUGAUUGUAACUCUAGUCUUCGUGCGAGAUGCCUAAUUGCUGCGAGCCCCCGGCAGGCGAGCAGCAAACUAAUCUUUUGCAGGGGCUCAUGUGGUUGGGUCUUCUGAGGUUCCUUGGGUGUCCUGUCAAAGACCUCAUGAUUUUAGGACUAUCUCUUGUAACCCUGUUUCCACAUCUAUUAAUUAACCUGAUAAGCAAUGUUAAUGCCAGUUUAUCUUUUCUCAGUUGAUGUUUUAUUGUCAAGCAUCUGCUCGCAGCAUUGUACUUACAAUUUGUAACCACUAGUACAGUAAAAGUUACGAUCAUACUGCCUAGAAAUUCACUUUGGUCGAUUUGAUCGAUUCGUUGUAGUGCCCUUUACAAUUUUUUUCACAAGUAAGUUUAACAUCGUCGUGUUUACCUAGACUUUUUACGCUUUUCUCCUUUUUGGCAGUCAAUUGUCAAUUACAACUGCCGAGACCUCGUGCGCGCCGUACCGUUUUUCUUCGACGCUGACCCGGACUUUGUGACCGCUAUAAUAACCAAGCUCGAGUUUGAAGUCUAUUUGGAAGGUGACGUCAUCAUUCGCGAAGGGGAGCUGGGUACGGAGAUGUAUUUCUUGAAAUCGGGUGUGGUAAGCGUGAGCUGUGACGGACAAACCACUGACGACUUGACUGAUGGCUCAUAUUUCGGAGGUGAGUUUUCCAUAGGCUUACCAGUAGGGUAUAUACAGUCGAUUCUCUUUUAAUGGACACCUCUGUCUCGGAAAAAGAUGACAGUAUGGAAAAAGAGACAGAUGGACAGACAGACAGACAGACACACUGAUAGACAGGAAGACAGAAAGAAAGCAAGCAUUUUAACUCAAAUUGAAUAAGUUACAGUUUUUUCUUUUCUUCAAAGGUACAGUGUUCAUUGACCAUAAUAAUAGAUCUGAAAACACAAUAAUUUUCUUCUCCGAAAAUGUACAUAAUUUUCCUUCUGCAGAGAUAUUCCAAACGCUUCACUAUAAUGGCAUUAUUUGACGUACAAAUUAAUUUGUAUUUAAUUUAUUUUGGAUAAUCAAUUAAAUCACUAUUUGUACAGGUUUGCGGCAAAACAUAUUUCAAAUCUAAUAUAUCACUUUUAUAAUAAAAUGUGCUUUACUGCCAACCAAUAACAUUCUGACAAUUAUUGCCCAAUUAAAGCUUAUAGAAUUUAGCAUCUUGGUAAUGCUCGACCUAUAUCGUGUUGUAAUGAUAUUUGUCUCAUCACGAGUUAAUAUCAGUUUAUUUUAUUUUUAAGAGCUAGGUAACUGUUGUUUUAUUUUUUUUUGUUUUUUUUCUCCCUCUUUUGCCCUAGAAAUUUGUCUGUUGACUAAUGCAAGACGCACGGCAACAAUCGAAGCCAAAAGUGUGUGUGACAUCUACAUUUUACACGCCGAGGAUUUUAGGGAAGUCGUAGACGAAUAUCCAGAGAUGCGACAAGUUAUGGAAUCAGUGGCUUCUCAACGGUUGAGCAGGAUGGGAAAAUCAGUGGACUUUUCAGCGUGUCCUUCACGGGAGAAUUUACUUGCAAGGCUUCAGAGCUCAAAGAACAGCGGCAAUAACAGCCUUUGUUGCAGCUGUUCAAAUCUGUUACAGCCACCGGAAAAUCAACCAGAGAUCGUUGUAACUAGGGAUGUUCCUUUUGUAAUAACUACGAGUGACACUCAGUUUAUCACUUGAGAGCAGCGUUCGUUUGCACUUCCAUCGCUUAAGGGCAAAAUUGGGUGAAAAAGAGCGGGUAAUUCUUUGUAAUUCAGUUGAGGGAUUCGACAAACAUUGAGUGAGUGGAUAAAGGAGAAUGUUCUGAAUGUUUUAACGCUCAUGAUGAACACAGUAGCUAAUCAAGCUCGAAACCAACGUACUGUUUUGUAAGUAGCAUAUUCCCUUUUCAUGCAGACCAAACGUUUUUGUGUUUCGACAAUAACAACCUCAAGGAAAUAGGACUGAAAAAUUACUUGUUGUGGUGAAAGAAACUUAAGAGUUAUCCGCAGACAGAGUGUAAUUAACUACCCAAUUUUUUUAAGGAGAUCACAACUUUAUUUCUGCAAUUCAAUUUGAGGAGAAAUUAGCGUUUUUAGUUUGUUUUGAUAGUGUUUGGUUAUGAAAAGGCUUGCUUUGUGUAAAUAAAUCCAUCCGUUGCUUUUAUUUUUUAAAG